CUUUCCCACACUGAGGGGCGGGCGAGCUCCCCCGGGAAAUCCGGCUCCAUGAGGCUUUAAUCGGCAGAGCAGCUGCUUCCUUCCAUUAUCCUAUUUACACUCCGCUAAGCCUCGGCCGGGGAGGAUGUGACAGGCCGCCGCUGCCAGCCGAGGUACCCACCGGGCCAGGUGCCCCUUAUGCCAGGAAAGGUACAAAUUAAGCAUGUCGGCCCAGGAAGGUGCCAGCCCGGCAGCGCCGAACCUGCACCCCAUCAGCAGAACGUUAACCCUGCGGGGAAAACGUGAGCACGCGCAUGCGGCGGAGGGCAGCGGUCAUGGCACGGUUGCGGACUGUAAGAAGGUUCAUAACUCCUUGAAUAAGGUGACAGCCUGUUAUCGGCAGCUGGUGAUGUGCGUCGGGGGCACGUCGGACAGUCCUCGUCUGCGGGAGGAGCUGGAGGAGAGCCGAAAGAAAGCCUUCGAGCUGAGCACAGAUCUGAUGAACACGUUGAUGGUCCUGUUGAUGGAGCAAGAGGUGGCCCAGGAGGACAGAGUAGAGCUGGAGAGAACCUGGGUGCUGUUCCUCUCCACCCUAGAGCUCUUCCAGCAGGAUUUGUGUAAAGCUCACCACCUUUGUCAACUCUUUCCUCUGCAUGGCCGAAGAAAGAGACUGGUCAACACGGGGGUCAUAGGUAAAACAUCAGAAGUCGCCUAUAGAGCACGCAACAUAAAGUCACCCAGCAGCAUCCGAGUACGGGACAACACCCAAAGAGCUGAGAGACCCUGCUCCCCAGAUCUGGCCGGUCAGAUCGAGCACGUGGAAAGGAUGCUUCAUGACAUGCAGAUGAAAGUCAGCAUUCCCAUAUGGACAGUAGAGGCCACCGAGGAGGCUUGGGCAGAGAUUAGCUCAAACUGUGACCUGGAUGAGGGCUCCGACAAUGAAAUACUAGCUGGGGAAGAUGUUUCCAACAGGGGCUGUUGUGCUCGGAGACAAUCGCUGGCUCGGCCUCUGUGUAUGGUUUCGUAAUGAACGUUUACCAUUGAGUUCUCAAACCAAGAGCUGGUCACGGUGCCCAAAGAUGUGAAUACUAUAGGAAAGGGUAUGAGGCUGCUUGCUUGACAUCUUUGUUUAGCAGGUGUUGGGGUUCAUAUGUCUACCUAUAAAAGCAACCUUGCGAUGUGGGGUGAACUCUGAGACGUUUGCAGCCCACCUCGCUGGUGCAGAUACCUGCUCAUCCCAUGGAACGAUAUGAAGCAGCUAGUGUUACCAGGUUUUUAUCUGACAUUUCGGAUGGCUUGAAAAUUCCACAUUGUGAGGACAAUCGCCAAUUCUAGCGGCCAGUGGUGUCUGCAUCCGUAUAUAAGCACCAUCUUUGUUUUUCCUAUUGGAGCAAACUGAAUGGUAUAAUCCAUUACAAAGCAUGCAUGGAGUCUUCCUCAGGGUCCAUACAUAACAAAGCACUUACUGGAAGACGUUCUCAGUCCAUCUCUUUAAUGUUCAGUGUAAUCACAUCCAUGUUGACUGAACUAGUUUGUGGUUUUCUGUCCAUGUCCCAUCUUCCAUUUAUGUAAUCAUUAAUGUUAUGUCUGUGCUGUCUGUGAUUACGGUAAAGAGUUUCACUUUAAUAUAUCAGGGAAUUGCGUCCGUUCCUUUUAUAUGUGUUACUAUCGGAAUCGUUCCCUGUAGAUAGAAGAGCGUUCUG